GUCGAGAAGCGCGCCGGGCGAUGAGGGGCAACUGGAACUCAGCAACGCGGAGGGUUCUCAAAGCAGCGUGUAAGGGAGUGGCUACAGCAGUCGAAACGGGCAGUUAUGCCCACCUGGACGGAUAUGUGACUGAACUCGAAGCAAUCUACAAGAUCGUGACAUGCGAGAACUUUACCAACACCUCAAGAGAUCAGUGGGCUUCAGCGGGAGACAAGCGGGGGGACAGCACUUCGUCGCGGAUGAGAACGGCGUGUUUCCGGAACAAGGACGACAUCCUCCAGCGGUGGGCAAGAUUCUUCAGCACCCUACUCAACAUCAAAUCCCCAACCCUGAACCCAAACAUCAUCGAACGAGUGACGCAGCGGUCAGCGACACGUGACACUCAACGGNUCCGGAACAAGGACGACAUCCUCCAGCGGUGGGCAAGAUUCUUCAGCACCCUACUCAACAUCAAAUCCCCAACCCUGAACCCAAACAUCAUCGAACGAGUGACGCAGCGGUCAGCGACACGUGACACUCAACGGUUGGGUGAUGUGCCAGAACUUGAGGAGGUGGCACGGGCAACGAAAGGCCUGAAGAACUGGAAGGCACCCGGUCAUGACCCCCUCCCUGCCGAGUUGCUCAAGAUCGAUGACGACGAACUCUUCGUCCUGGGACACCUCCUUACCAUCCUCGCCAAGGUGUGGAACGGAGGAGAUAUUCCGCGAGAGCGGAAGGAUGCAACCAUCAAGGUGCUGUACAAGAAGGGUGACCGGUCCAACUGUAACAACUUUAGGGGGAUUUCGCUACUAUCUCACGUAGGCAAGGUCCCCAUCAAGAUCAUCACCAACCGUCUAAGCGCCUUCNCAAUCUACAAGAUCGUGACAUGCGAGAACUUUACCAACACCUCAAGAGAUCAGUGGGCUUCAGCGGGAGACAAGCGGGGGGACAGCACUUCGUCGCGGAUGAGAACGGCGUGUUUCCGGAACAAGGACGACAUCCUCCAGCGGUGGGCAAGAUUCUUCAGCACCCUACUCAACAUCAAAUCCCCAACCCUGAACCCAAACAUCAUCGAACGAGUGACGCAGCGGUCAGCGACACGUGACACUCAACGGUUGGGUGAUGUGCCAGAACUUGAGGAGGUGGCACGGGCAACGAAAGGCCUGAAGAACUGGAAGGCACCCGGUCAUGACCCCCUCCCUGCCGAGUUGCUCAAGAUCGAUGACGACGAACUCUUCGUCCUGGGACACCUCCUUACCAUCCUCGCCAAGGUGUGGAACGGAGGAGAUAUUCCGCGAGAGCGGAAGGAUGCAACCAUCAAGGUGCUGUACAAGAAGGGUGACCGGUCCAACUGUAACAACUUUAGGGGGAUUUCGCUACUAUCUCACGUAGGCAAGGUCCCCAUCAAGAUCAUCACCAACCGUCUAAGCGCCUUCUGCGAAGCCAACAACAUCCUCACGGAGGAACAGUGCGGAUUUCGACCCGGGCGAUCCACCGCCGACAUGCUGUUCGUCGUGCGCCGCCUCCGGGAGCUGGGGCGGAGAAAGAAAAUACCGCUUUACAUGUGCUUCGUCGACUUGAAGAAGGCGCAAGAUUCGGUGGACCGAGAGAUGCUGUGGAAGGUGCUGGCCAGGGCCGGGAUUCCCGCGAAGCUGAUCAAAGUCAUCCGCCAAUUCCACGAUGGAAUGCUGGCCCGGGCGCGCAUGGACGACGGAGAACUAUCGGACUGGUUCUGUUCGUGA